AUGUGUUUCCACGCCCCCUUGAAACCCCGAAAAAUGGAAAAAUGGCUUUUCUUAGGAACACAUACCGCAUUCGUCACUCCAAAAAAGAUAAUGGUAACCCCACCAUUAACCACUUCAUUUAUGAAUUUCAUAGUAAUAGUAAUAGAAAUACAUGUCCUACCGAGACAGAAUUUUGAACUUGCUAUCCUCUUGCCUAGCAGGCAAAGAUUGACCUCCGUGGAAAGGAUGAUUCAUUCCAUUCGGAUCGACAUGAGAGUCCAACUACAUUGCAUUGCCAGAAUCUGUGUUGUAUAUUUGAAAAUGAUAAAUCACCUUGCUUCUCUCAUCGUACAAUCCUCUUCCCGACGAGCCCCCCUUCUCCUCGGUCCACAGAGACAAAAUGUCGGGCUGGUGCCAACAGUUCAUCACGGAAGAAGGGACUCACUGAGCCGGGAUCACUAA